ACUCCAAGUUCAGUCCGCGGAUUUCAUUUUAACAGCAUUUUCGACAACUCUUCCAUUGAAAGGACAUCAAGUAUGCAGGCCAUUUUCAUUGUCGCUUUCUGCGUUAUCGGACAGAUAUACGCUGCACCUGCUUCUUCAAACGAGAACAACGAAAUAGACGCAGCAUCAUUCUACUACGAUGGCCUUUCAGGCUUCGUGGCACUGAAACUUGGUCAUAAUUGUUAUCUAUCGAGUCAAGAGAAGAACAGCCCAGACAUUCACACAGAGGAGGGGCUACUGGCGGCAGAGUCAAGAAUUAUGAUAUUGCUGAGAAGGGGAAUACAAACACCGCUGUCUCACGCUGAAGUCAACCAGUUAAGCCUACAUUUAGAGCGCAUGUGCGCAGGGUCAUCUGUCUACCAACUUCAUCACCAUCAUCCUCCUUCGACAACAAUGGUUUCUUUAAUCUAACAUGUUCACUAAAAUUGUAACAUAAGAUUAAAAUAUAGCAUAAG